AUGAGCUCCAUUCUAACAUCCAGGCAGACGCUGGAGCUCCACAAAGCCAUUCUACAGUACCUAGAACCGCUCUUGGAGGAUAGUCAACUGGUUUUCAAGCAAUUGGCGAGCGUUCUCAACGUCGAAAACGACGAUGCAACUGUGCCCAACUACCUUGAGAAGAAAUGGUCUACAGUUCUUCGAUUGCAAAAGCGGAUCCUCGAUCUCGAGAACGAAGUCAAUAGUUACAAGUCGCUUCUUGACUCUCGGCCACAUGGCACCGACGGCCUCGUCGCUAAAGACAAAAUCAACUGGCUUCCCAGUGCACCCACUAAGAAGUUUCCCACCCAGAGCUCUCAGCUUGUGUCCAGUGUGACAUUGCACCCGACGCUACCGUUGGUUGUUGCUGGGUGCUCCGAUGGAACGUUGUUGGCUUGGUCACUAGCGGCUGAGGACACGCUGAUACCUCAGAAGCAGUGGAAUGGCCACACUCGAGGAAUCAACCGCAUCAAAUGGUCACUGGAGCCCGUGGACCUCGCAAAUUCCAAAAUGAAACUGUAUGUUCUUGCUCUGUGCUCAUCUGAUCUCUCCAUCAAGAUCUGGGAGGGUGACUCGUUCAAACAUGUGCGUACACUUACAGGCCACGAACAUACGGUUUCCGGGGUAGCAUUCUCGCCCACAAACCCCACAAUGUUAUACUCUGUAUCGCGGGAUAAGUCAGUGAAAGUCUGGGACCUUGUCAAUGGAUAUUGCGUGAAAACGUAUGUGGGCCAUAGCGAUUGGGUGCGAGACUUGGAUGUGGCUCUGGUGAACUCGUCCAUGCUGCUUUCCGAAAUGAAGAAAUCGAGUUUGGGUGACUUCAUCGUUACUUGUUCCAAUGAUCAGUCCGUAAGAAUUUCCCAUGAGUCUGGAACAGGCUUGGCUCUACUCUUGGGCCAUUCUCAUGUAAUUGAAACCGUGCGCUUUUUGCCCAUGUACUCCAAUAAGUACUUGGACAAAUUUAUUUUAAAGAAUAUGGACCGCUUCCCCUCCUUGCUGGAAGAGUUGAUUAAUGAUCCAAUUUACAGAGAGUCUUUGGGCUUCAAGUACUGCGUCUCUGCGGGCCGUGACAACCUUAUCAAGCUCUGGCUACUUCCUCCACCUACGCUUCGGCCUCAUAGACCGCCCACGCCGGCCACACAGAACAAUUCACAGGGCUGGCACAUUGCAGAUUUGGUGGGUCACCUUUCGUGGGUGAAAUCGCUCGAUAUCCAUCCGAACGGCCGUUUUCUUAUUAGUGGUGCGGAUGACAAGACAAUCAACAUCUGGGACCUUAAGAGCUUGACAGAUACAGGCAAGAUUUCCGUUAUGAAACUGCUUUCGGGCCACGAGGGUUUCGUCAAUAGUGUCCAUUUCGCCAAAUUUGAACUCGACAAGUCCGGCAACAAGGAAGACACAAGGGAAAACCUCAUAACAGCCAUACAAAAGAGCAUGAGAUGUCUAUUUGUCAGUGGAGGCACAGAUAACAGUGUGCGACUAUGGGGUUGA